CAAUGCUCAUUCAUAUGCAAUAAACUUUCAAUAUUAAAAUUUAUUCACGUUGAACAGGAAAUUGUCGUAAAAACUUACAAAUGAAACGAAACUUUCACGAAUUUACCAGCAUGAUCAUGUCUAGAAGACGUGUUUUAUUAGUGUGGAUCAUUCUGUGCAUCGCCGUCGUCUCUGUUCUUGUUUAUUUACCUUAUUACUUUAAAAUGAAAGAUAACGAAUUCCCAUCCGUAUGGCCUUCUGUAACUUUAAAUCGUCACCGGAUUGUACCAAUAAGUCCUACAACUGCUAAUCCAUCAAUUCAUUUGAUCCUUACAAAAAUCCCUCGGUUACCCACAACAUCCUUAACCACUAAAAAGCCAACAUCACCAACACCAACCAAACCAAAGUUUUGUAAACCAGACAUGCUAGUUGGAGCUGUGUAUUGCAAUAAGACCGUGCCAACUAUGGAUGAAGUAAUAAAACAGUUGUCUGUUAGGAACGGAGGACUUGUGAAGAAAGGUGGAACAUUCACUCCAGAUUGCAUUACAAAAAACAAGCUGGCUAUAAUCAUACCAUAUCGAAAUCGCUCAGAGCACUUGAGAUUAUUCCUGCGGCAUAUGCAUCCCAUCAUGCAACGGCAGAUGCACAACUACAGAAUGAUUGUUGUUGAACAGGCUGGGAAUUACAGUUUCAAUCGAGCUCAGUUGAUCAACAUUGGAUUCUUGGAGGCUUUGAAAAUCUCAAAAUUUGAAUGCUUUGUUUUUCACGAUGUUGAUCACAUCUUGGAAAAUGACAAAAAUGACUAUGGCUGUCCAGAGAGCCCUAAACUAUUAGGUGUUUCUGUUGAUCACUUUCAUAGAAGAUGGCCUUAUGAAAGGUAUUUUGGUGGAGUUGGUGCAUUCAGUAAAGAACAGUUUGAAAAGAUGAAUGGUUAUUCCAAUCUUUAUUGGGGAUGGGGUGGUGAGGAUGAUGAUGCAUAUAAAAGAAUCAUCGCAUCCGGUUAUCAUCUAUCAAGACCACCGGCAAAUAUCGGUCGCUAUAUGAUGUUGAAACAGCAUCAUACGAGGGACAAACCAGGAGCGAACAGGUACAUGCUGUUAAACACUGCCAAAAAGCGAAUGUAUGAAGACGGACUGAAUUCCGUGAAAUACGACGUUCUAAAGAUCAAGGAGUUUCCCUUGUACACGCAUAUUUUGGCAAAACUACGCGAAGAAUUGGACGUGACGUUCGAGAACAUUACAUCAUCAACUAAGACGUCCUCAUCUUCAGCGACGCUAUAACCCCACCAGUGCAAGUCACGUAUAGUCAUGUGAGUUAGCAAGUGCUUGCAUAUCGGUCGCGUGGUGAUGACACACUUCUCUCCCACCAGAGAAAAGGAAUGAUCGCGUGUACACGUCGAUCCUACGGUUUAUGAAUAGAGUUGUAAAGGUUAUAAUUGAAAUUUUAUUUAAUGACAUUAAUGUUUCGCAAUAACCAUGGCCCGCCUGAAGUUUGUGCGCUUUUAUGAAGGAAAGAAUACUGUUUAGCUCUUAGCGCAUGCCUAAUAACAGUAUAACCCACGCUAUACUGAACCACAAGCCAUUAAUUUGUUCUUACAAAAACCAAAAAAUGCCUAUUAUAUGCAUCAACUCUGGUUUUCCUUCAACCCGCGUAUAAAUCUUUCGCCUUUUUCUAAAGAUUUCCGUGGAGGAGAAUAACAGAAUGAGUCUAUAGACUAAUUUUCUCCACCCUGCCUAACGGCGGGGUCUUCAUCUUCAAAUACACACAAACACAACAUUUACUCAGUAGAAAAGUUUGAAUUCAAGCUACAACACAGCUAAAAUGAAGUAAUUUCUACUUGUCAUGGUAAGCAUGAAAAAUGCUUUUGGUUGAAAGAUAAUGCAACCCAUUAAACAUUGCUUUGACUUAUUCUAUAUAGAAAAGCUCUAUAGUUAUCGCGGGCAGCCGAAGCACCGCGAUUUAAUGUCCGUUCAUUGAGGUUCGAUGGAAAUAUUUCCAAUUUCCAACUGUAUGUCGCAGUUAUUGUUUUUAAAAGUCGUUGAUUUUUGUCAUGCUCAAUGAAAAAUACGUCAAGAGUGCCCGUUGUGAGAUGUCCGCUUGACGAGAAUAAUUUUCUAUACCGCACACUGUUUCACUUUUUACGCAUGCUCAUAAAGCCCAAACCCACGCUUUUCAUAAACCGUAAUUCAAUGAGCUUAAUUCUUAUUAUAAAGAAUGUAGGAACGUUGUAAAUAUUUAACAAACUCUGGUUUUCCUUCAAUCCGCGUAUAAAUCUUUCGCCUUUUACUAAAGAUUUCCGUGGAGGAGAACAACAGAAUGAGUCUAUAGACUAAUUUUUCUUCACCCUGCCUAAUGGCGGGGUCUUCCUUUCAUAAAAUAUAUAAUUAAAAUAGCAUCUUUACCAAGACGACAAAUGUGUGAACGUUUGAGCUGAAUACAACUGGAAGGAUACAAGGCACAACCAAAAGAAAGUUUAUUAUCAGUAAAGUCAAUGUAUGUGGAUGUAUAAUUUACCGCAAUGAACGUAACUCAGGCAUAUGUAAACCUAAA